AUGACAGCGGUAGGGGUUUCUGGUGGGGGCUCGGUACAUCUUAGUGCAUUUGAGCAUUUCAUAUACUCAUUUCUGUCAUAUCCUUUGCAUCCGAAGCGAAAAUCAAGGCUUAACCUCCACGACUUUGAGCGAAGCGUGUACACCGCACUUUUCACCGAUCACCUCAAUUAUUAUUUGUACAUCGACCCCGUUUCGUUCAAAUCCUUGUUGUCGAGGAUCCAUUUUGUGGGCGCAAAUCCCCAAACCGCAAUUUUUCAAAGAAACUAUUUUACUGAAUACCACCCUCAGUGUUUACCGGAUACUUUCAGCUUUCAACACCUUCCUCAGGAUCAAAAUAUAUUGUGGUACACAGAGGCCUUCCUUCAGGCCAUUUUUGAGUUUCUUCUCUGUUGGCGCUCAACCGAUUCACCAGAAGUCCUUGAUGGAACGGGACGUGUCGUGACUUAUCCGCAUUACCAGGCAUCCAUUAUCCCUCAGAGUCAUGCAGAGCUGUAUGCCCUCCUCUCUUUCACGCCAACUAGCUGCCAUCUAUUCUUGGUUCGCUGCUUCCUGAAACAUUUCUACUACAUGGCGUUUCGUCAUGGGCUUCCGGCACCGUUCCAAACCCCUUAUGAACAAUUGCUCCACAACAAACUCACAGCUUACUGCAGAUUCAUCGGAAACGCAAUAUGUUCGAUGCCAGUAGGCUCUACAGUGCCCGUACUUUAUUUCAACUUGAUGCUGCAAUUGAGGCAUUUGCUCGUGUUCUGCUUCCAACACUGGCCACUGGAUUUGAGCUUCGAAAUUGUGAUAGAAACUUGGUUGACCAGCAUCCAACCUUGGAGGUAUGCUGAGAGUCCUCAACCGCAUGGCAUAUCUCCCCUGUCUUCGCAAGCUUCCGGCCCGAAUCCUGUAUACGCAACCCCAGGAGAGCCUAGCGACACGGAAUUUCGCUCUUGGGUAUCGUUCGCUGCUGCCCAGUACAGCUUGUACGUGGCCCCUCUGUUGGUGUUCCUCCAACGAGCGAUUGGUAUCGAUUUGCGUGUUUGCCGCAACGCACAUAUGGUGUAUCGCGUGGCAAAAAUCCUCUCGCAACCCAGCAUGAAGCUUAUGCUACAUAACGCCGAAGAUAUCGUUUUACAGCAGCUGUCUGGAAGCGGUUGCAGCCCUUACAAAGAAUCAAUAGAUGUUCCUCCACCGAAUCCCCAAAGUGGACUGUGGGGACCGGAUUUCGAGUCUGUUGUUCGAGAAACGCUUAGUGUGUUAUCCACUACGUUAAACGAAGUCCGUGAGAGAGCUGCGCAGAGGUCGUCGACCAACGAGCAUGCGACCGUUUGGAAUCGCUUCACGAGUCUUAUCACGGACUUUUUGCUCGGAGAUGAGGACAAUGAACGCUGCCUCCUUAGGAAGUGCGAAAACUAUCUCAAAGAAGCCAUCUGCAUGCUUGCUGACUUUUUUGCUAUCCCUCAGGUAGAUACAUUUUCAUCCACCCCGACGCGUGUUUUGAAGCCUCCCUCUGGCCGUCUCCAGUGGGAUGACAGCGUUGGAAGUCCUCUGAUUCCUGUACAAAAAAAUCCCAUUGAGACAGGCGUGAGAACACCACAGCGUCGAGUACAGUUUGCCUUAACCGACCAAGGUGCUUCUACUGUGUCUUCGUUAUCCGAUGGGCGGUCUCAUUCUCUGUGUCGGCGAAUCCGUGGUGAAUCAAACUUUUCUCCUGACUCAAUUUUAACUGAUCAAGGGAAAAAAUUGCUCACACCACUUGGCAAAUUCCAGAUCCUUAUGGGCUUGUAUCGACCUAAGAUAAGCUACUCAGGAGACCGAGAGUUCCUACCCCCUUGCACUUACGAAGUACCGGCGCUCGUCGAUACUUUCCGUUUUCUCUCUUCUCUUAUCAACAAAAAGAUGCACUCCCGCUUCCUCCAAUGGUGUACUACUCCCGGAUUCAAUGGUUGGAUCGCUCGCCGAUUACUUCUGUCCCCCAGUGCAACUGAAGUCGAACCGCACUGGAGUCAAAGUAAAUUUCAUCCCCACAAUUCCGACCCUUCAACCACUGAGAAGAUAAACCCUCGCAUUUCCCUCCGUUGGCUUGCUAGCUACUCCACACUGGGUCGUGUAUCUCUCCUUUACCUUUCGUUUGUGCUUCUCACUGGUGUUCGAUCGCCGUGGAUAUUUUGCUUGUUCCUUACUGUUGCCUACAGUGUUUAUCAAUUGCUCAGAUUAAGCUCUCUGUUUUUCACAGACUUAUAUCACGGGCGCAAGAUAUUCUGA